CAGAGACUGUGUGACUGAAGAAACUGGCUUCCAAUUUGUCCUGGAAUUCAAACUAAAAGUUUAGACUCCUCAGAGCAGCAAAGCUACCAUGGGUCUGCAGAAGUCCCUCAUUCUGUUUCCAGUGUUUGUCCUGGUGCUCGGAUGGGUCCAGCCUUCCCUGGGCAAGGAAUCUUCGGCUGCGAAGUUUAAGAGGCAGCACAUGGACCCAGAAGGUUCCUCCAGCAGCAGCCCCACCUACUGUAACCAAAUGAUGAAGAGCCGGGAAAUGACAAAGGGGUCGUGCAAGCCCGUGAACACCUUCGUGCAUGAAUCCUUGACAGAUGUCCAGGCUGUGUGCUCCCAGGAAAAUGUCACCUGCAAGAACGGGAAGAGCAACUGCUACAAGAGCAGCGCCACCGUGCAGAUCACUGACUGCCGCCUCAAGGGGAAUUCCAGGUAUCCCAACUGCGACUACACCACCAGUCAUGUCCAAAAGCACAUCAUUGUGGCCUGUGAAGGGAGCCCCUCCGUACCAGUCCACUUCGAUGCUUCUGUGUAGGACUCCACCUAGGCCAAACCAGUGAGCUAUCCGUGUCUACCAACCUGAUCACGUCAACACCUGCCUCCCCUCUCUAUCAUUCUUUCCCUGAAAGAAAUAACUCAUGUUAGGACUUCCUUCUAAUGAAACAUGUGUUCCUGACCUGUGUCCUGCUCCCAGAUUCCUCUCUUGCCGUAGACAAAUGAAGCAAGAUGGCCCUCACCAGAAUGUGUCCCUUCAACCUUAGACUUUCUCGACUUCAGAACCAAGAACCAAAUAAGAUUCUGCUCAUUAUAAAUUGCCCAGUCAGAGGUGUCCUUUUAGGGCACUUCACAGUGGAGUAAGGACAAUGGGCAAAUCACCUCAUUCAUUGCUCCAGAUCUUCCCUGCUCCUGGCAUCUUUAAUUGCACUACUGAGUCUAGAAAUUUCUGCCUCUCCACUGAUCAUUCAUUCCUCUCAUAUACUCUUCUCUAUAAUAAAGUCUAGCAUCUAUUUCAGCA